AUGUCUUGCACGACCGACGAAAUCUUAAUCCACUCUAAUAUCAAGUCCCUCCUCGUCCGCGAGAGAUACUAUCGAGAUACGUCUCAAUGGCAGAAACUCCGAGACUGCUAUCACCCUGAUGCGUCGCAGACACAUAUUGAAAUUACCUGGUACCAAGGAGACAUCAAUGGCUUCGUACGCGGAUCCGCAGACAUGUCCGCCAGGGGAACCGGAGCCGUUCACACGAUCUGCCCGAUAGAAGUGCACUUGAACGGAGACAAAGAACAAGCCCUUACUGAAUCAACCGGUUCCAUUUCUAUUCGGUUUGUCUACGAGGGUCGACAGUAUGACUGCGUCUCAUACACGCGAUUCAUUUCUCGUCUACAGAUCGUGGACGGGCAGUGGAAGCUCCUGACUCUGGAGGCGAUCUAUGAUCGGGAUAAUAUCGUCCCUGUUUUGCCUGGUGCACCGGCGGAUUUUCACAUUGCUCCUGAGACGAGGGAGAGCUAUAAAUGUAUUUCUUGGCUAUUGGCCCGAAAGGGGUUCAAGAUUAAAGAGGACUUGCCUGGGGGAGAUUAUCCUGCUUCGUGUGAAAGGUUGAUGCUGGAGGGCUUUGAGUGGUUGAAUAAAUAG